AUGCGCACGAAAACUCCAGCACUUACCAGAAAAUCUCGCUCGCCGACUCCCGACCGUUCUUCUAGGUCUCAAUUCUUCGGAACUUCUCCUCCUCGUCCUAGCAGAACCUACGGACGAAAGAACCAAAAUCGAUCUCGUCAGAAUACUCCUUCACACCGCCACGCUAUGCUUCCCCGUUCUGCCAGCCCCCCAAUCGCGUCCUCUUCCAGGUUUCCGAUAUACGACUUAACACUUGACUAUGAGGAGCCGAUCGUUCUUCCGGCCACGCCCCCUUCGACUCCUCCAUCCGGCUCUACUUCUAAUGCAGGCACAAUUACUGGACCUAACUCUUUGUUCGCAUCCAAGGUCGCAGAUACUGCGCUAGUGAAAUCCAGCGACGAUGACGACGAACCGGUGUUCAUUUCAAUGAUGCCAUCAGGUAUACCGAAGCCCUCCACGGAAGUAAAAUUGAACGAUCAUGAGGCAGUUCGUCGAGCAAAUACUGACCUUGAGAACAGUCUCCGGAAUGCUCAUGACCGCAUCAAAGCUCUUGAGGCAGCCGCAAACGCUCAUAAUGAAUGCCCAUGCUGUCUGGAAGUGAUGUUUCAACCGUUCAUUCUGUUGUGCGGUCAUACUUUUUGCAAAGACUGUCUUCUCAGGCUCUCCGACGUGUAUCUCAAAGGGAAGAUGAAUUUCGCAUGUCCUGAUUGCCGCACUCUUCAAGGACGCUUUACUCCUAUCCCCAACUAUGUCUCUCAGCACAGUGUCGACCAAAUGUUAGGAUCUAAAGGCAUCAAACCUCCCUCCCGCCUACCACUGCAGUGGCCGCUCCGAUUCCGAUCGGGGCCUGUUUCUCUCCCCUUCCCUCGCCGCAAUGGAACCUAUCCUGUUUCAACUCCCACUUUCGCACCUGCCCCGUUCCCCGUUUCCAUUGAUGUUGAUGACGAUUAG